CGGGCCGGCUCUGCGGGACGUGGGCAGCGGGUGAAUUAGAGACAGGCUUUAAAUCCCCACCGAGACCUGACUGUGCUACAGGCAUGUCUUUGCUGGGCCGUAUCGUUCACCUGUCGGAAUACGCAAGCCGGAGUUUCCAGGAAAUAACAUCAUUGCUCUCCCUUUGUGGCGGACAAUUCAGUGGUGAGCAGGAAAUUCGUGUAAAUUCUCCCUUUUGGAUUCUCAAUAUUCCUUCAGAAGAGAUGGCAAGGGGACUAAUGAAGCGGACCGUAUGUGCAAAGUCUAUAUUUGAACUGUGGGGCCAUGGAAAAUCUGCAGGGGAGCUCUAUGCAUCCUUGAAGAACUAUCCAACAGACAAGAUGCUUCCAUAUCUACAGUCAAACUCUACUUACAAAGUACACAUUCAUACAUUUAAUAAAACACUGACCCAAGCACAGAAAAUAAAAAAGAUUGAUGCUCUUGAGUUUCUACCAUUCAAAGGAAAAGUAAAUUUAAAGAAUCCAGAACACGUAUUUUGGAUUUUGGAGGAUUAUGGAAUGAACCCAAAUGAUGUUCCAGAAGAGCCCAUUCAUCUGUAUUUUGGUAGAUGGCAGAACUGGAUGCAGUGGUACACAAGAGGACUUGAGUUUUACAGUGAGUACAAGAAAAAGCAGCAAGUGGGACAGAAAUGAGCUACCUGGCCUGAGACUACAUUUUGAACCCAGGUGAUGUAUGAUGUAUACCAUCCUCUACUCACCUAUUCCCCAGUCUCCAUGAAAGAGAAGAAGAUGGUUAUCUGAGCUAGGAAUAAACAGCAGCAUCUCCCUGAUCCGAGUGGAAAAAGCCACGUUGAAGGAUGAAAUGCCCAUCUGAAGACAGUCUUGUUGCCAGCAGUGUUAGCAAAAACAAAAUCCCCAGUGUCUUUUUCCUUCCCAGGAAAACAGAAGUAAAUAAUGAAAGUAAAUUUGCCCAUUCUGGUAUUUAGAGAAAGAGACCAGUGUGAUAGAUGGACUUGGAGGGCGAGAACUGAAAGCUAACCAAGAACAGAAGAGAAAACGAGCAGACUAAAUUCUGCUUGAUGUAAUCCCCCCAAGUGGGACAUUGUAUGUUCACAGCUUAAAAGAACUUCUGAGAAUAUUUAAAAAAAUGAAAUAAAUAAUUUAAAAAAGGAACAUGAACUUAAAUGCUUAUAUAAAAAUAUAUGUAUUCUAUAUAUAUAUUCCUAAAAUGCUUGACAUACUUCAAAUGAAACACAUUCUGUAAAAGUUCCACUUUCUCAAUAGCAUUGUUCUUUGGAAGGCAGAGGUCUCAUUCAUGACACAUCUUUGUACAGAAAGAAUGAUAUUAAAAUUGUAGGUGUUGUGGGCAUAAGAAAUGCUGAAGAAAUUUAGAUGGAUGUCUUGAAAAUGAGAAAUACUAUCUUCUCAGGUAGAAAUAGAUUAGAAGGAUAAUUUGUGAUUAAAAUAAAAGAAUUCUGACAUCUGUAAUGUGGCUUAAGGUUUAUUCUGCUAGCAGAUGGCUUUCUUCAGGCAUUAGUGUAUUGAGGGGUAGCGCUCAAAUUUCUGUUAAGAGGUCGGGUGAAGACUGCUGCCUUUGAGUGAAGUAAUGCCUCUGUGAAGGCUUGUCACGGUCUUCUUCCAAGCUGACUUGAUUUUAUUUUAAAAAUCUUCUCAUGGGAUUCAAAAAAAUGGUCUUUGAAGCCUAAGGAAGCCAUCUUGAUGUUCCUCAAAACUGAUAGUAUUCAUAAGGAGGAGCUGAUUAAGUGUUGGAUUUGAUUACCCUAGUUGGUCCCUUCCAUCUCAGAACAGUCUGUGAAUCUGUGAAGAACUGAAGAAUCUUCUUUGCUGUUCAGGGUCUGGGUUUGUUGAUGGGGGUGCAAUAAGGAAUGUGCUCAAAUCUGCCCAGGUAAACACUAAAUAUUUGCCUGUGCUUUAAAGAGAGCUCUACUAAUAUCACUUUGACACCAACACCAUCUCUUUUCCCAAGUGAUGUUAUUACUGGCCUGACUAGGUAAAAAAAACCUGAUGACUGUGCACCGUUGCAGUCAGCUCAUGCAAAUUUGGUCUCUGCUGCUAAAUAGGGCAGUCAGAAAAAGCUCCAUGGCCUCAAAGCCUAUAGGCAUACGUAUAUACAGUAGGACUAAUGCAACACAGGUCUAUGGAGAAAGUUAAGAAGAGUGUAGAUAGGGAAAUCAGUGCUUGAAUGUAGACAUAUCUAUAGGGAUUCCAAAACAACAAAAGCCCACCACAACUUUUUUUGAGGUUUUUUUUUUUGUAUUGUAAAAAAGAGUUAUUUUUAUACUGUUUAUGCAUAAAUUCAGAUUUUAAACCUGGAUUAUAUUUAUAUAUUAAGAGAAGUAUGCAAGCACUGAAAAAAGUCCAACAUUCAUACCUUCACUAUGAUGCUUGCAGUUGUUACUCAUAGGACAAUCACCCAGUGGUGUUAAACACUGUGAAAUUACAGGCUCAUUUUCUUCAUGCUGUUUGAAUCCCCAUUUUUAAAAUUACAGCAAAUAAAAAAUGUGUUUUUCCAAACUAUAGAUUUAUAUAUUUUUAGAGUGUACCUAUGAUUUCAUCUCUUUUUUAUUAGAACAUUUUUUUGUCCUAACUUUUAAUUUUUUUUAUUUGUCUUUUUUUUAAUCGUAAAACAAUCUAAUCUUUCUAUUUUGGUUCAGGCAGGAAAGCUGCAGUAUUUUAUUCUUGCAGUAGGUGGCAGAUGUAGACUACAUAUUUAUUUGUAAUUUCGUAAAUAUCUAAACUAGACGAUUAUUCUAUUUUCUAAAAGUCUGUAUUGAUGUUUAGGAGCACCUGCAUGUUAAAAAUAUUAUUCCUUCCUAAUAAAUUUUGUUUUAAGUACCAA